AUGGCUAGGAAGAUGCUUAUCGACGGUGAAGCUGAGACGGUUCCAGUUGUAGAAGAAGGGACAAAUUUUGACUUCGACUUGUUUAUUAUUGGGGCUGGAAGCGGUGGCGUUCGUGCCGCUAGAUUUUCAUCGAAUUACGGAGCUAAGGUGGGGAUUUGUGAGCUUCCAUUUCAUACAAUUAGCUCAGAAACGAUUGGAGGAGUUGGAGGAACGUGUGUUAUUCGUGGUUGUGUUCCCAAAAAGAUUUUGGUCUAUGGAGCAUCUUAUGGAGGUGAACUUGAGGAUGCCAGGAAUUAUGGGUGGGAAUUGAGUGAGAAAAUUGACUUCAAUUGGAAGAAACUCUUGCAAAAGAAGACAGAUGAAAUAAACAGAUUAAAUGGAAUUUACAAGCGGUUGUUAUCCAAUGCGGGGGCAAAAUUAUUUGAAGGUGAGGGAAAGAUAGUUGGUCCACAUGAGGUUGAGGUGACACAAUUGGAUGGCACAAAACUGUCCUAUUCUGCCAAGCACAUAUUGAUUGCAACUGGUAGCAGGGCUCAACGUCCAAAUAUUCCAGGACAGGUGAAUUUGCUUGUUUUGAAAUAUUAUUGCAAAAUGGUCCUACUGACAUGA